AUGCAAGGCUUUAAUAUGGGACGUUAUGUCCCACCCGAGCUAGAAGGCACUGUAUCGUUCAACGUUGCCUCCGGCAAAGGCCAUGCACUGGGCAACCGCGCUCGAAAGCUCAAGACCGAAGGCAUCCUCACCGUUCGAUUCGAAUGUCCCUUUGCCAUCUGGUGCACUCACUGCAAUCCGGAACAGAUCAUCGGGCAGGGCGUGCGGUUCAAUGCGGAGAAGAAAAAGGUGGGCAACUACUACAGCACGCCGAUCUGGAGUUUCCGCUUCAAGCAUACCGUUUGUGGUGGGUGGAUCGAGGUGAGGACAGACCCCAAGAACGCAGAGUAUCUCGUCGUGGAGGGUGGCCGCAGGAGAGACACCGGUGCAGACAAGCUACUCGAUGGAGAAAUCAGGAUCGGCGUGUCCGAGGAAGACAAAGACCGACUCGAACGUGAGGGCGGGUUCGGGUCGCUGGAAAAGAAGGUCGAAGACAAGGCAUUGUUCACUGGUCAGAAAGAAAGACUGGAUCAACUAUUGAAGGCCAGUGAACGGGAUUGGGCCGAUCCCUACGAAAGGAGCAGGAAGUUGCGCGCCGAGUUUCGCGUGGGGCGGAGGAAACGGCAAGCGGACGAGAAAACUGGGGAGGCGCUCAAGGACAAGUUCGGCCUCGAGGUGGACAUGUUGAGCGAGCAGCCCGAGGACAGCGAGCGCGUCAAGUAUAUUGAAUUUGGCCAGCAGAACGAGGCCUCGAGUUCUGCAAAACCCUUGUUUACUAGUCCGUCUCUACAGGGCGGGCUGCCGGCGAGGUUCAAGCCGCAUGCGAAACUAGGCAAACGAGAAAUCUUGCAAAGCCAGUUGGUCGGUAAUACUCGAAUCGCCACAGAUCCUUUCUUGCGCGAACAGGAUGUCUGGCAGCCCAGAACUAAACGGAAACGGGCAGAGGAGGACCAAGAACAUGAACACAGCAAGGCUGUGAAAGCGGGAAACCUGGCGUUGGUGGCUUACGAUUCUGAAUCAUCAUGA